UUCAUUGCCUCCAAGUUACUGAUGUAUCUAAAAGCUAGGAGCCCGCCGUUUACAAGUAUUGGCGUUUCAGAGUUGACUGUUCUUUGUUUCGGUGAUGAUUAGGCUAGUGAUUACAUUGCACUUUCCAGCUGCUCGAUCACGGGACGUCUUUGCGGCGAGCCCGGAUCCCGUGAUAUUGCCUUGGUAGUGCUCCGUCACUCCGUAUGGCAAUGUGCAAGAGCAGGCUUAGCGGUUUGGUAGCAGCAACUUUUACACCCAUGACAAAUGAUAAUGAAAUAAAUCUUUCUGUCAUUGGUCAAUACGUUGAUUAUCUGGUAAAGAUCCAAGGGGUUAGAAAGAUUUUUGUGAAUGGAACAACUGGGGAGGGCAUGUCACUUAGUGUUGAAGAAAGAAAAUUGGUUGCUGAAGAAUGGAUUAAGCAAGGAAAGGGGAAGUUAGAUCAGGUGAUCAUCCACGUUGGUGCCUUGAGUAUAAAAGAAUCUCAGGAAUUGGCAGAACAUGCUGCCAAGUGCAGAGCUUCUGGGAUAGCCGUCAUCUCGCCGUUCUUUUUCAAGCCUCAAAGUGCAGAUGUUUUGGUGGAGUAUCUGAAGAAAGUGGCAUCAUCUGCUCCUGGUGUUCCUUUCUAUUAUUACCAUCUUCCUGAAAUGACUGGAGUAUCUUUCAAUGUUGUGGAUCUGCUAGAUGGGAUUGAAAGAAAGAUUCCAACCUUCCAGGGGUUGAAGUUCACCAGCAGUGACUUGUUGGAUUUUGGUCUGUGUGUUAACAAUUACAAGGAUAAGUUUGACUUUCUGUUUGGAAAGGAUGAGAUACUCUUGUCUGCAAUAGUAUUGGGAGCAACUGGCGCUGUUGGCAGCACAUACAAUUACAUUGGGAAGUUGUAUAACCAAAUGCUGAUGGAUAUUGAGAGAGGAGACUACAAAUUAGCUGGAGAGCGGCAGGCUGUAGUUCAGGAAUUCAUUGGUUAUGUGAGCAAACUUGGUUUUGGUGUGGCUGAAAACAAGACGACAAUGAUACUCAUCUCUGACAUUCCUUUGGGUCCACCUAGGCUACCGUUGUUGAAAUGCAGUGAGAAGAAGGAGGCAGAAAUAUUGGCCAAACUGAAGACCCUGGGAUGGUUGAGCUAAAUAAUCCUAAUUGUAUGGGAUGAAUCAUAGAUGUGCAUUGUCAUGAGAAAGUGUCUUUGUUCACAAUUUCUAGCUAUCAUCACUGUAUCAGAGACCAUUUUAUUUGCGUUGGAGAGGGAAAGUAAAUUGUAUUAGUGUAAAUUUGGCAUAAAACACAGCACCUUUCAUGUGGCUAAAAUGUGCUGUCUUAAUCUACAGGUUCAAAGGCUGAGAAGGCACAUGCCAGUUUUAUAACUGUAACUUUCCCACAAUUUAACACAAUCCUUUUGAUUUAAAGUUGCAGAAGUUGUACAUUUGGACAAAGCAACAUACUUAUGGUCAAUGCAGCAGAUUACAGGUCACAGUUGAAAUGAAAGGGCAUCAGAGAUUUUACAAAUUUUAAUCUUGAAAAUUAGCCAGUCAUUUACUGGUGUGUUACAAGUAAUUACACAUCUGGAACUGGAUAUUCAGGUGGGGAAUGUGAAAGCUUCAGUGAAAUGCUUAGAAUGGGAAAGGAAGGGAAAAUGUUGCAUCUAUAUUUGUGCUGAAGUGGAAUUCAAUGUUUAGCUUGCCAACCAUUGCAGCAGCUUAUUUUUUCUUACAGUAAGAAUUUAAAAUAAAAAUAUUUGAGGAAGAGCAUGCAAGGGGAUGGUUGGACAAUUAAAUUGGAUUUAAAACUUGGAAUUUAGUGUCAACAUCUGAAGCACAUGAUACCUGUUGGCAAAAGAUUGUAAAAAUCUGGAUCAGCCUCAGGAGAUGGUUCCUUUUGAUAAAUUACAAGCUUGAUUAAAUGUAUUACUGUUUAAAUUUCUCCAUCGACAACUUUGCUUUUUGGGUCAUAGAAGCUCCUCAUUGAAACCUGUAUUCACAGAUACUUCGGAUCUAUUGCUAUUCCAAUUGUAAUCACUCCGUCAUGGCAGUGAGUUUGAAACUGUUUUUGGUCAUUGUGUUCCUUGUAACUAAAGCAAAUUUGCCCCCAUCCAAUUUCUGUACUUCACCUCUUCUGCAAGAUUUCUAAAUGGCAAGUGUAAGGAGUUUAUUCACCUUAGACGUUCGUCUAGUUACCUCAAGGUCGCUAGUUCAAGCCUCAGCUGUGGCAGUGUGUUUGUGCCCUUGAGCAAGGCACUUAAUCACACAUUGCUGUAGUCUGUGCGAGGAGUGGCACCCCACAGACUUCCAAUCUGCGCCUUGUAAGGCAUGAAAAUGCCCGACGCGGGCCUCUCAUAGUCUGUGUCAACAUUCCUCUCCCACCUUAUCCAACUGAGGGCAGUGGUUCAAAGUGACGGUUAAAUUUUAAAUCAGCUUUACAAUAUUGACUUUUAUACUAAUCUGUUCUGUUGCAUAAACCUAUUCAGCCAUCAGGGUGUGUUUGUUGAUUCUUAAAUGAGACAAGUUUAAGGGAAAUUAUUUAAAACAAAAUACUGUUUACAUAAAAUACAAUGCUUUCAAUUUAUUGAGUAUUGAAAGUAUUGUAUUCUUUCCAGAUGUUUUCAAGGUUACUUUGAAAUAAUUUUUAAAUUUUGCAUUAUUUUAGUGUUUUUUAAUUAUGACACAUUAAUCUGUUUACACUGGUUUAAAUGUUAAAGUAUAUUUGUUUUCCAUUUGCUGACGAAAAGUAAACUUGUCAAAAUUUGGCAUUUGUGUGUUAUGAAGCAGAUUGACCUGUAUUUUAAUUGCUUAUUGAAGAGUUUAUGAAGGGAGUAAUUUUGGCAGUGUGACUAGACUUGUACUGCUAAUUAGUUUUGGCAACUUCAAAAUUUACAUCAACGCCAUAUGAAAAAUUCUGUAUACUACAUUACAGCAGCAAUGCCUUUCAUCACAGUAGCCACCAUGCAUAUUUAGUAUAAUCAUCAUUUACUAAUAAUUUCUUAUUUCAAUUGUUUCCUAUUCUUGAGGCCUCAUUUUAUCAGAGGAAGGAAAUUGAGUUUUUAAACAAGAAGCUCCUAGGCUGCACCAGCAAAAAAUCUAAACCUGUUACUGGAAAACAAAUGUGAAGUGAAACUGGACUUCCGAGUAAACAAAGUGAAUUUCCUGUGCAAUCAGUAACCAAGAGAAGAUUAAUUUCCUGUUAAUAUUGUGAAAACUACACCUAUCACAAAUGUGUUUUCUAUAGAGAAUAAGUAUUAAAGUUGAAUAUUUAUUGUGGACAUUCUGUAUAGGGUGUCCUAUCAGUACUAAAUGGUGAUAUUUUGCCUUUGAAAUUGUGGGUUCUUGGACACUAUUAAUAGUGGCAGUGGACAAUGAAGCAGCAUGCUGGAAAAUUGUAGAAGUAACUAUGGUUUUAAUUUAAAAAUUAAAGAUUUUGUGACAAUGGCAGAUUAGACAAGCUACUUUAGGCUGCAGCAUUGGGAAUUACUUCAGUCUAAGCUUUACCUGGCUCAUCACUGGAUACAGGAAAUACCCCUUGUCCUAUUCAGACCUCCUCUCAACGUACUUUAAAUUACAUUGACUAUUGGUGAUGCUUGUACUCAUAACAUUCUAAAAUUUAAUUACCUUUGCCAUUUUCUGUGCUGUUCUUGCUCUUGCAUGGUCCAUAUGUGACAUUUUUACUUCCUUAACAUCACAAAGGGCAGAUUAUCCAGCAGUAUUUCUUCUAAACCCACCUGUUCCUACGUGUUGACUACAUCUUGCUCCCAGUAAUAAAUUUAAUUCAAUUCUCUCAAAUUCUGUUUUAACUGCUGUGAUGUGAUUUUCUCACAUUAGUCUUUAAGAUGUCUUCCUUUCUUAACGUCUUCCCUCUUCCCAUAGUUGAUAGUGCCACAACCUCAUACCGUUUAUUUUGGGUGCUACUCUCUUUUUUCCAGCCAGAAUAUCCUCCUAUUAUCAUUUCCUUUCCUCAGCCCCACACCAGAUUAUGCACUUAACAAAUCACUUUCCAUAUUUUUGGUCACCUUCAACAGGUUUCAGGUACCAGGUUUAUCUUUCUUUUUCCUCCCCUUUUCAGCAUUUGAAAAUAACUUUCUCCUUUCUGAGACUCUCUGCUCCAUCCUUGCAUUUCCAUCUUAAACACCCCUCCCCCUUUGAUACUUCCCCAUGCAACCACAGAUGGUGCAACACCUACCCUUUUUACUCUUUGACCCUAUCCGGGGAUGGAUACAAUCCCUCCCACUCCCUCAGCAAUUCAGUUGCACAUCCAUUUGGCAGGCAUGAUUAAGUUCCUCUAUAUAGGGGAAAUGCAAAUUGGGUGACAGUCUUCUUGAAGACCUCAAUUAGGCAAAGGUGACCCUGAGCUUCCAGUGCUCUGACAUUUAAAUCUGAGUCAGAAUGAGAGAGAAAAUCAAUCUGCCUUUAACUGCUAUAUUGCCUCAGUAUUUCUCAUUGUCCAAUCAAGGAAAAUCACUUCAUUUUCAGUUUGGGUACUUGGCAGCCCUUGGGAUUUGGUAUUGAGUUUAAUGAUUUCAGAUAACCACUUCAUUUUUUUUUUUUGGGAUGUUGUUUCUUUUGGCUGGGCUGUUUGGAGCCAGGAGUCUCACAGCUAGAUGAACACUAGAAAAUAGGAGCAGGAUUAGGCCUGCUGGCCUAUCGAGUUUGUCCCUCCAUAGAGUAUGACUAAGGUUGAUCUUCUCCCCCCCCUUCCCCCAUCCCCUCUCUCUCCCCCCCAUUGUUCUAGAUCCCAUAGCCUUCAAUUUCCCAAUAUUUGUUUUUAAAAAGAAAAAGAUUUGUAUCUAUUUCUAGGUACAGUACUGUGCAAAAGUCUUGGUCAGAUACAGCUGCAAGAACAAGUUUGUGAAUCCUUUGCAAUUAUCUAGUUUUCUGCAUUAAUUACUCAUUAAAUGUGGUCUGAUCACAAUAAUGAACAAACAUAAUCUGCUUAAAACUAAUAACACACAAACCAUUUUCUUCCUGUCAAUACUGAGUACACCAUUUAAGCAAUCACAGUCUCGGCUCAAAAAAAGAGUCAAGUUCUGGGGUAAUGCCUUCUUUUAAAAAAGCCUGUCAGGUAUUCCAAUUAAUGGGGUGAGGUUGGAGGUAUGGGUUGUACAGGUGCCCCACCCUAUAAAGGAAACACACAAAGUCAGGUUACUGACAGAACCGGCUCUUCUCAAGAAAGAUAUGUUUACGUGCAUCAUGCCUCAACCAAACAGCUUCCAAAGUACCUGAGAAGAAGUAGAAUUGUAGAGAUGCAUGGAGCUGGAAAAGGCUACAAAGCAUUUCUAAAGACCUGGGUGUUCAUCAGUCCACAGUAAGAGAAAUUGUCCACAAGUGGAUGAAACUCAGUACUGUUGCCUCUCUCCCACUGAAGAACACUGAACAAGACUGGUAUUCAUGGAAGGACACCAUGGAGGAAACCACUGCUCUCCAGAAAAAAACCCACAUUGCCGCAUGUCUCAAGUUUGCAAAAGACCACCUGGAUGUACUACAAUGCUUCUAGGACAAUGUUAUGUGGACAGAAGAGACAAAGGUUGAACUUUUUGGACACUGCACACCAGUACCAAAACCUGAUCACAACUGUGAAGCCUAGUGGAAGGAGCACCUUAGUUUAGGGUUGUUUUGCUGCCUCUGGUCCUGAACAGCUUGCAAUCAUUGAGGGAACAAUGAAUGCAAAAUUGUAUCAAGACAUUUUACAGGAGAAUGUCAGCAUAGUGGUCCAUCAUCUGAAGCUUAACAGAUGUUGGAUAAUUCAACAAGACAAUGAUCUGAAACACAAUAAUAAAUCAGCAAAACAGAAUGGUUUAAAAAGAAAAAAUUGUGUUUUGGAAUGGCGAAGUCAGAGUCCAGAAAUUAACCCAAUUGAGAUGCUGUAUCAUGGCCUGAAGAGGGCUGUUCAUGCAAGGUAUCCCAGAAAUACUGAUGAACUGGAACAGUUUUGUAUGGAGGAAUGGUCUAAAAUUCCUCCUUGCUGUUGUGCAAGUCUGAUCAGCAGCUGCAGGAAACGUUUGGUGGAAGUAUUGCAGCUAAAGGAGGUUCCACUAGUUAAAUACAAGAGCUCAAUUGUUUUUUCCAGCCUAGACUGUGAAUGAUUAAACAAUAUGAUCAAUAAAGACAUGAAAAGUACAGUUGUUUGUGUGCUAUUAGUUUAGACAGAUUGGUGUUUAUCUAUUAUUGUGACUAAGAUGAAGAUCAGACCA